AUGUUUGACAUGUGGAGCAGCGUCACUUCGAAACUGGAAGCACACGCCAACAACCUCGGUCAAAGCAACGUCCAGUCGCCGGCGGGACAAAACAAUUCAAGCGCUCAAAUUGAAAUAAUUCCAUGCAAAGUCUGUGGCGACAAAUCAUCGGGCGUGCAUUACGGCGUUAUCACCUGUGAGGGCUGCAAGGGCUUCUUCCGGCGAUCGCAGAGCUCCGUGGUGAACUAUCAGUGUCCGCGCAACAAGCAAUGCGUUGUGGACCGCGUCAAUCGGAAUCGCUGUCAAUACUGUAGACUGCAAAAGUGCCUAAAAUUGGGAAUGAGUCGUGAUGCUGUAAAAUUCGGCAGAAUGUCCAAGAAGCAGCGCGAGAAGGUCGAGGACGAGGUCCGCUUCCAUCGCGCCCAGAUGCGCGCCCAGAGCGACGCGGCACCGGAUAGUUCCGUGUACGACACACAAACGCCCUCUAGCAGCGAUCAGCUGCAGCAUAACAACUACAACAGGUGCAGUAUUGAUGCUUACCCAGACAUUGGUCAAAUAUUGAAUACACUACUUGUAUUUAUGGGUCUUCUGCCCUUCUUUCACAGCUACAGCGGCGGCUACUCCAACAACGAGGUCGGCUACGGCAGUCCCUACGGCUACUCGGCUUCGGUGACGCCCCAGCAGACCAUGCAAUACGAUAUAUCGGCCGACUACGUGGACAGCACCACCUACGAGCCGCGCAGUACAAUGAUCGAUCCCGAAUUUAUAAGUCAUGCGGAUGGCGAUAUCAACGAUGUGCUAAUCAAAACCCUGUCGGAGGCGCAUGCAAACACAAAUACCAAACUGGAAUCUGUGCAUGACAUGUUCCGAAAGCCUCAGGAUCUAUCACGCAUACUCUAUUACAAAAAUCUGGGUCAAGAGGAGCUCUGGCUGGACUGCGCCGAGAAGCUGACACAAAUGAUACAGAAUAUAAUCGAAUUUGCAAAGCUAAUACCGGGCUUCAUGCGCCUCAGUCAGGAUGAUCAGAUAUUAUUGCUGAAGACGGGCUCAUUCGAGCUGGCGAUUGUUCGCAUGUCCAGAUUGCUAGAUCUCUCACAGAACGCUGUGCUGUAUGGCGAUGUGAUGCUGCCGCAGGAGGCAUUCUACACAUCCGACUCGGAUGAGAUGCGUCUGGUGUCGCGCAUUUUCCAAACGGCUAAAUCGAUAGCCGAACUAAAACUGACUGAAACCGAACUGGCGCUAUAUCAGAGUCUAGUGCUGCUCUGGCCAGAACGUAAUGGAGUGCGCGGCAAUACGGAAAUACAGAGGCUUUUUAAUCUGAGCAUGAAUGCAAUACGGCAGGAGCUGGAAACGAAUCAUGCGCCGCUCAAGGGCGAUGUGACCGUGCUGGACACGCUCCUCAAUAAUAUACCCAAUUUCCGCGAUAUUUCGAUUUUGCACAUGGAAGCGUUGAGCAAAUUUAAGCAACAGCAUCCGAAUGUUGUAUUCCCAGCACUAUACAAGGAGCUAUUCUCAAUAGAUUCACAACAGGAUCUGACAUAACCAGAGCCGCUUUUUACGGAUACGUCAACCGGUUCUGUCGCAGAUGUUGCUGCCGGCUGUCCGCUCGAAAUAUUGUCAACGGCAACGGCAGCGGCAACGGCA